UCCACCUGGAUUUAAAAUCCCCACUCUGGAUCCCCCUGAAUUCAAAACCUGCUGCACACCUGGAUCCACGUGGGUUCAAAACCCCUGCACACCUGGAUCCCUGUGGAUUUAAAAUCCCCACCCUGGAUCCACCUGGAUUUAAAUCUCGCUGCACACCCGAAUCCACCUGAAUUCAGGACCCCCCACAUACCUGGAUCCACCUGGAUUUAAAAUCCCUAGACUGGAUCCAUCUAGAUUUAAAUUCUGCCGCACACCUGGAUGCACGUGUGCUCAAAACCCGCACAUACCUGGAUCCCUGUGGAUUUAAAAUCCCCACCCUGGAUGCACGUGGGUUCAAAGCCCCCCGCACAGCUGCAUCCCCCCGGAUUCCAGCGGCACCCGUGACCUGCAGGGACUCGCCUCCUUUUCCCGAAGCGCUGGAGAGCCCUGGAGCGCUUCCAGAGCAAAGGAGCAGCGAGGGGAAGCGGCGCCGGGGUCGCGGCAUCUCCUCCGGGAGCUGCUCCAGCGGCCGCGCGGGGACCGAGCCGGGACAUCCCGGGGCCCCUCCCGGUCGGUGCUCCCGUGCCAAUGGGAUCGGCGGCCGCGGCCGAGCCCUCGGCGGGGCGGGGCGGGCCCGGAGCCGCCCCCGGCGGAGCCGCGGGAGCCGCGGGCAGCGGAGCGGGAUGAGCGAAGACUUCCCCAGCUGAGCUCUCCCAGCGGCUCCUGAGCCAAGAGCUGCGUGUGGGGAGGCACCAAAUGGUCUCUGUGAGCUGCCAGGACCUGCUGCCCGCCCUGCCCAGCCCUUCCCUGCUCGAGAGCCUGGCCAGCGCCCUGCAGUGCAGGAUGCCACCGUCCCUUCUGCCAGGACACGGCGGUGACAGGACAUGCGGCCACGCAGAGGGCUCCGGGCACGUCCUGGCGGGCAGCACCGGCCACGCCGAGGGUGUCCCGCUGCCCAGCGCCAAGGGGGAGCCCCCCAAAGCCCAGCUCAGCGAGGCUCAGCUCAGGCUGCCCGACUUCUGCCUCUCCCAGGACUUCAUCCCCACGCUGGAGGAGAUCGAGGAGUUCCUCAGGGAGAAGGCAGAGCUCCCCAGGGAUGAGGCAGGAGAUCCUCACCCCGCGGGGUGGAAGGUGGAGAGCAAAGCCGAGCUCGGCUCUGGGGCACGGCCCAUCCCCAGGGCGCACGGAGGAGGAGGAGGAGGAGGAGGAGGAGGAGGAGGAGGAGGAGGACACGUCCCAGACGCUGCGGGGACAGCUGCUGGUGACCAGGCGCUGGCUGCUGGCAGCAUUCCCGUUGUCCUGCAGCUCCAGCCUCUCCCCAUGGGACAGCGCCAGCCCUCCGGCACAGCCGGGGGUGUCAGGGUGGCCCAGCUGCUGAUCAGCCUGCAGAGCCCAAACCUGCCCCUCCUCCCUCAGCUCCAGCCCCCUGGCACCAUCCUGGACCAAAAAUACGUCCGAAUUGCCCCGCUGCCGGUGGCCACGGGCCCCGGGGACGCCGAGGCAGCCCCCAGGUGCCAGCAGGGCCCCCCCUCCCUGCUCCGCACGCACCGCUGCUCCCACCCGGGCUGCGGGAAGGUUUAUUCCAAGAGCUCCCACCUGAAGGCUCAUUUCCGCCGCCACACGGGGGAGAAACCCUACACCUGUGCCUGGCCCAACUGCGGGCUGGAGGCGCCUGCCCCUUCCUCCCGCAGGUUCUCCCGCUCGGAUGAGCUCUCCCGCCACAAGCGCUCCCACUCCGGGGUCAAGCCCUACCAGUGCACAGCCUGUGAGAAGAAGUUUGCCCCGCAGACCCACUUGGCCAAGCACCUGAAGAUCCACCGGGGCCAGCCCUGCAGCCCACGGACGCUUCCAGGGGGGAGCGGGAGUUAAUUCCUGCUGCUCAUCCCUGCCAGCCCGGCCAGAGCCAGGGAAACAGAGCAGAAACCGCUGCUGAGGAGGGGGAAAUGACUCCCGGACAGACAGAAGGCUUUGUUGUCCCUCUUUUCAAGGGUGGUGAUAUUCCCAAGGUGUUUCUGGCCCUGCUCUUUGAAAUACACGUGAUGGAAAUCA